UUUCGUCUCUUAGCAAGGGUCCUCCUAAUGUACGUGAUGUCCGCUGAAACAGCAGUGCUGGGCAUUUGAGAGUCUCUUAGGGAGCUGAAAUGUUGUAUUUCCAAAGAGAAAUCAUUAGAAAUGUCCUUACAGUAAGGCAACUGAUUUUUGUACAGUGGUAACCUGGUCGGCGUGUUCAGUUCCUAGUUGAAGCUUGUCUUCACACACAAAACUUUCAGGAUUAUUGGCUGUAAUGGACUGACCCUGUGGGAGUAGUGAAAUGACCAGCCAGUAUCCCAGCCAUGGAGAGAGAUCCCCAGAUAAAAAGCCAGCUACUGUGGCUCCUAAGCUCCAUGUCCAGCAAUCGCCAUCAAAGGAGGCCAUUACCAUCCACUUCUCAGCUUUCGGGAAGGAAGAAGAUGAAGAGGAAGAAGGUCUGUUUAUUACAGCCUCCUCUACAGCCUCAGCUCCUCUGGACGGCUCAAAUAUUGUGACUGCUCUGGAAGCGAGUGAGGAAAUGUUUGAAGGGGAACCCCUUGACUCUGCAUCUCCUACCAGGUUUUCGCCCAGUUCAAGUAAUCACUCUAACCGUUCACCACAAACCCUUUCUUCAACUGUUCCUGAACACAAGGCCUCAACUGCCAACUCUUCUCCCAUAAAAUCUCUGAGCUUUCCCUCCACAUUAGGUUUGGUAAAGGCACUACCCCCAGAUGAUGGCGCCUCCUCUGCUCCGACCAUAAGACAUAGGCAACUUAUGAAAAGUCUCGUCAAAUCCUUGUCAUCAGAUACAUCCCAGGACUCAUCCUCUUCUUCAUCAUCCUACCGUCUUCCAGAGUCUCGCCUUAACCUGCAAGUCUUAAAGCAGUUUGCACAAUCAAGAAUGCAGUCUGCUUCCAUGGCAUCAAUUAGCGAUUCUAAAACUGCCCCCUCCUCACCGUUGACUUCGCAAGAGAACCGAAGUUUCUUUAAAGUCUCUGAGGUCGAAGCACGAUUUGAGGAUACCAAGCGGCGUCUCACUGAAGCUAUUUCUGAACCAUUGCAGCUUCUCAGUAAGAUCAUAGAUGAGAAGAGCGCUAGCAGCAUUUAUCGGCCUAAGGGGCUCUCAUCCAGUGCCACAGAACUCUCUACGCUCACUUCUCUGAAUGGUAACCAGGAGAGCAACAACAACUACUGCAUCAAAGAAGAAGGGGGUGAAGAUGAGGCAGAAAGCCCCAACAGCUGGACCGCGGUUGGAGCCGAAUCACCAGCUGGCCCCUGUUCCAACACUAAAAGCCCCAACAAUCUAUCCUUACUUUCCAUGUCUGCCCUCGCUAAAUUGGACGAGGAAGACUUUUGCAUUUUGAACAAUGAGGACUUUGAAUCUUGCACUGACACAGAGGGUGAAGGUAUUGAAGGAUCUAACAACACUCUACCACUAAGUAGUUGUUCAGACCCAAGCUGUGAUGAUGAAUAUGAAGGUUUUGAGUCAGCACCUGAUGUCCCACACUAUACUCUCGCCGUCCUGACGUUUCUACUUUAUACAUGCUUUGUUUUACCACUUCCAAGCUACGUGGGGGGAGUACUACUUGGGAUUGGACUCGGGUUCUUUCUAGCCAUCGGUAUUGUUUGGCUCACGGGGCCAAAACGCUCUGGAGGGGAUGUGAAAUAUUCCAGAAAUCACAGAGAGCUGUGGAAUGUCACCAAGAUGGAUGUUAAAGAGCCUGAGUCCUAUAAGGGUUGGAUGAAUGAGAUCUCAAACUAUGACCCAGAAACUUACCACGCCACACUGACUCACUCUGUGUUCGUCCGCCUGGAGGGUUCCAUCAUUCGUCUUUCCAAACCCAACCACAACAUCGCCCGCCGUGCCUCACACAACGAACCAAAGUCUGACAUGAGCUUUGUCAGUCAGAAGAUUUAUGACCUCAGCAAUAGCAAGGUCUGUUUAGUGCCUCAAAAUCUUGCCAGGAAGAGAGUGUGGAACAAAAAGUACCCAAUCUGCAUCGAACUUGGCAGACAAGAUGACUUCAUGUCAAAGGCAGAAGAUGAAAGGUCUGAAGCCAGUGAGUCGUCGACUUCUGAGCUUAAUGGUGAAAGAACCAGUGCGGCACAGGACCGACGGUCCUCUGUGACCAGAAGAGACCGGACCAUCUUCUUGUUUGGGCGGACUGGGAGGGAGAAAGAGGAAUGGUUCCAGCGGUUUCUGUCAGCCUCUAAUGUCAGAGCUGAUCUGAAGCAAGUUCCCUGUUUUGGAACCAGUAAAAAAGCCUCUCACAGCCGCAGCAGCAGCCGCAGUAGUCUUGAUGAAGUCCUGGCACCACCGCUCAAAUCAAGAGACUCAACGACCUCCUUGAUGACAGCAGGCAGUGCCAAAAACAAGCUGCCAUUAGACUAUAGUGUGUACAUGGCCUCCGUAAUGCCAAAAAAUCAAGCGGUUGGUCUCCCAUCUUCCAGCUCUUCUCAGAGUCUACAGAGCACCCCCGGAGCUGAUAAAAAGCUUCAGAACAGCACUACAGCUCAGGCGCAGCCCAGGGGAGAGGAGGAGGAAUCUGUUGCCUGGGUGAACGCGGCUCUCGGCAGGCUCUUCUGGGACUUCCUGACCGAGCCCUACUGGGUUGAAGAAGUCUCCAAGAAAAUUCAGAUGAAGCUCAGCAAGAUUCGACUGCCUUACUUUAUGAAUGAGCUCACCCUGACAGAACUGGACAUGGGGACAAGCACCCCCAGAAUCCAUCAAGCAUCUGCACCUUAUAUUGACUGUCGAGGUCUAUGGUUUGACUUAGAGGUCUCCUACAAUGGCUCCUUCCUGAUGACUCUGGAAACCAAGAUGAUUCUCAAUCGUCUGGGAAAGGAUGGAGAAAGUCUCCGCUUGGGGGAAUUUGGCAAAGAGGGGUACAGGCCUCGUACUUACUGCCUAGCUGCUAGUGAUGAAGAGUCAUCAAGCGCAGGUUCAUCAGAUGAGGAAGACUCUUCUGACCUUUCAAAUGAUUCAACUGGAGCUGACAGCAGUCUGGUGGGUGGACAUAAGCCAAGCAAGAUCAUGCGCUUUGUUGACAAAAUUGCCAAGUCCAAAUACUUCCAGAAGGCCACGGAGACGGAGUUUAUCAAAAAGAAGAUGGAGGAAGUGUCCAACACACCCCUCCUGCUCACUGUGGAGGUUCAGCAACUCAGAGGAACGCUGGCUGUCAACAUUCCUCCUCCUCCCACUGACAGGAUUUGGUAUGGCUUUAGGACUCCACCUCACCUGGAACUAAAGGCUCGACCCAAACUUGGGGAGAGAGAAGUGACUCUGGCUCAUGUUACAGACUGGAUAGAGAAAAAACUGUACCAGGAAUUCCAGAAAAUCCUUGUAAUGCCAAACAUGGACGACGUGUGGCUGACCAUCAUGCACUCUGCCAUGGACCCUCGCACUGCUGGCGGACCCUUAGUCAGCCCUCCGGGGAACACAGAGCCAUCUUAGCACAACCUGGACAGCAAACCUAAGCUUCGGAGAUUGUUUACAGUAUUGCCUAAAGCUUCUGGGGUUUAAUAAUAAAAACUCAAGC